ACACAAUUUGUCAUCGACCCAGUUCACCCCUCAUAUCUAGGGUUCAUUCCAUUUGAUUUGGGGAUUUUGAUUUGUAUGCCAUCUAAUCUGGGAAUUGUAUUUUCUAUGUCUAGGGUUCACCAAUCAUCUCCACAGAUUGGUUCUUUGUAGAAAAAGAUUAUGUUAUUCAGUUUUCUUUGAAAAAACAGUCGUUUUGGGAUUUGGGUUUUUAUUUCGUUUUAGAUUUUUGAUGAUGGUUUGAAUUUUGUGUUUUUCUUUGCCAUCUGACGAACAAUUUGGGUUUUCUUUGAAGAAAUACGUUUUUGAAGGAUAAUUUUCUUCACGUCUGUAUAGAUUACAGAUGUCCAUGGCGGGGUCUUCGUCAUCAUCAUACUGGUGCUACAGAUGCAGCCGAUUCAUCACCGUUCCGACUCUCCGGCAAGAUUCGUCUUUAUUUUGCCCUGAUUGCAACGGUGGAUUCAUAGAAGAGAUCGAGAGCCCCGCCCGGUUACCGGAAACCACACUCUCGGAGUCUCGCCGGAGACGUUUUCCUGCUGCGGCUAUGUACAUGGUCGGGGACGAUCAACAGAGCUCAGGACCGAGUCCUGUCCCGCCGGUGCUCCAGCGUGAUAGAAGGAACACAGGUGAUCGGUCGCCGUUUAAUCCCGUCAUCGUCCUCCGUGGACACAGUAGCAACGGGAACACACCGGAAGCAACCGUGACGGUUGAAUCCAUCAACGGUGGUGGGUUUGAGUUGUAUUAUGACGAUGGAGCUGGGUCUGGUUUAAGGCCGUUACCGGUGAGUAUGUCGGAGUUUUUGUUGGGUUCUGGUUUUGAUCGGUUAUUGGAUCAACUGACUCAAAUUGAAGCGAAUGGGUUAGGGAGAAUGAACCAGAAUCCACCGGCGUCGAAGGCAGCCAUUGAAGCACUUCCCACGAUUGAAAUUCAAGAAAUUCACAUCUCAACAGAAUCCCAUUGUGCUGUUUGCAAAGACCCAUUCGAAUUAGGAACAGAAGUUAAAGAAAUGCCUUGCAAGCAUUUAUACCAUUCCGAUUGCAUCCUCCCAUGGCUAACUUUACGUAAUUCAUGCCCGGUGUGCCGCCACGAGCUGCCCCCAGAUAAUCAAGACUCGAGAUCAAACAGAGGUCAUAUUAACGAUGAUGAAGCGGUGGGUUUAACGAUAUGGAGGCUGCCCGGCGGAGGCUUUGCGGUGGGUAGGAGAGGUGGGGAGAGAGAGGUUCCGGUUGUUUUUACAGAGAUGGAUGGUGGAUUCAACAUUAAUGGUGGCCGAUGGAGGAGCUCAUGGGGUUCAAGAGGAAACGCUGAUCGAGAGAGUGGGGGAUUGCGGCGAGUUUGGCGUGGUAUGUUUUCUUGUUUCGGUGGUGGAGGGAGGAGGGGGUUGUCGUCUAGUUCGAGUUCAAGUUCUGAUGAGGGAGUAAGCCAUAGAAGUAGAUUUAUUCCGACGAUCUUCAGCAGCACGUCACGGCGGCGCAGGGCGUGGACGUUUGAUGUAAACAAUCGGCCUCAGAUGUGGUGAAUCUAAUUGAAUCUUUGUUGAACGUAAAUAUGAAAAAGCCAAAAGAAUGAAAGGUGUAAAUUUCAU